UGGUCCUGUGUUGAAAUCUACUCAUAGGAUUGAAAUAUACAUAGAGCGGUUUCCAAAACACAAAGGGAACAUGAAAGACAGUUGUAGUGGGUUUGUUGAUGCUUGUGUCUAAGUGGGUUUAUGAUACAGCAGAUUUUUUGUCAGCUGGUCGGUUUUUUGAAGGAUAAGUGCAACUGGUUCGAUUCUAACAACGUGGAUAAAACAGAAAAGGUUGCGUAGCAUAAAUUCACUUGGAAAUACUCACUUGACGAAAUCCUGAUUCUCAUGUGAAUCCUCGGAGGAUUUUUGCCUGUGGUCCAACGAUUCGUCGCCGCGACUCUCAUCUUACAAAAUGUUUGGCAUUGAAAUGUAUCCAGAUGUUCACCGAACGUUCACGUCCGAAUAUCGGGCAUUCUCGGUGACAAUGCUCCCUGGUAACGAGCGUCGUGAUGUCGAAAGGGGGAACAAAUUUCUCUUGCCACCAUCGGCACUCGAUUUGCUCACACGUCUAAAUAUUACGUAUCCUAUGCUCUUUAAGAUUGUCAAUCGACGCUUAAAUCGUGAAACGCAUUGUGGCGUUUUGGAGUUUUCUGCGGAGGAAGGUAAAUGCUAUCUUCCUUAUUGGAUGAUGAAAUAUCUUUGUUUGGACGAGGGCGACUUAUUGUACGUAGAAAAUACUCAGCUUCCUGUCGGAACGUUCGCAAAGUUCCAGCCGCAGUCUGUCGAUUUUUUGGAUAUCUCCAACCCAAAGGCGGUUCUCGAAAACUCUCUACGAAACUUCGCGUGUCUUUCAGCGAACGAUACGAUUGUUAUCGAGUACAAUGAGAAGCAGUACGAGGUGUGUGUGCUUCAAGUUCGGCCUGGGAACGCGAUCUCCAUUAUCGAAUGUGAUCUCAACGUUGAAUUCGCAGCGCCUGUCGAUUAUCAGGAUCCUCAAGACUCUAAGCCCUCUCAAGAAGAGAUGGACUUCGCUCUACCCAAAGUGGUUAUCGAGGAACCUAAAGGCUUCAAAGCUUUCGCAGGAACGGGUAACCGGAUUGAUGGAAAAACAAAAAAUCUAGAGAUAGAUACACUUUCCGAUGGUGAUUCCCGAACAAAGUCAGGCUCAAGUAAACAACGUGGUGUUCCCGAUUAUAGAUGGAAACCGGGUACGAUAACUUUUAUUCGUAUGAAGGACAAAAAAGAAGAUAACGAUAAAGAAAACGGCGAAAGGAAAGCAGCGUUUCCAGGGACAGGACAGACUUUAAAAGCGAAGAAAAAAUCACCUUAAAAGGCGAAAUCGUUUAUCUUUGGUUGAUUUUUAAAAAAUAUCUAAGUUGGCAAUUUAAUGCAGAGAAUUUCAAUAAACACGUGUACAAAUUUGGUACUCUUAAUGUAAGUUCCUCUCUAUCCUACGUAGAAAAUAGUUAAGCAGAGCGUGGUAAAUGCUACAUGUCCUGUUCGUACAUGCAGAAAGAAUAUUUAUUGAGUUGACGAUGUUACCUAGCUUUAGCAUCAAAGAUUUUUUCAUUUCUGGCAAGCUUAUCUACUGUCAUGAAUAUGCUUAUUGAUUGGUCUUAUACUGAAUAUUCUAGAGUACUACGGGCGUCAAAACGCGGAGCAUGAUUUUCGAUUCCAGACGGAAAUAAACUGCAAUCUUCUUGUGUGGGCAAAUGUUGCUUUUCUAACAUUGCCAUUCGACUGACCAUACGUGGAUUGCCCCGAUUCAUACUGGUCACCCACAUGUAUACGCCGUUACACAUUACGUAUAUAUUUCGGGCCCAACAAAAAUCGCACUUAAGAACUGCGGUUAUAUCUUUUACUUAAUUUAAGGGAGAAAUUAGUGUCUGUAAAGGUGUCAAUAAGGGUUAUUGCAAGAUUAUUCUGUCAUUAAUGUAUUAUGUAGUAAUAUACUGAUGUAAUAAGUGACCGCUGAGCUCAAUUGAAUCCAACCUAGGCUGCCGGAGUAUAAUACGGAGCUAUUUUCUUGCUAUUAAACUACAAUACCAUUACGUCAUGUAUGGAUGUCGAGUCGAUUUCUUUGAUUCUAUCAGGAAUAUCUAAUGGGGAUUUGAAGAAAUAUUUACCCUUUGAUUUCUUUUUUGUUUACAUAUGUUUAACGGCAAUACCGGAGGUAAACUCGAAAUAUUGAAACUAUUCUUACUGUAGCAAGUCUGACUAAUGAUAUGCUCUUGUUAUGUCGAUACAUCCUUUCUGCCACAUUUUUCUUCAUUUACAUUUAAAUUUGGUAUUUUACACUAAAGGUAGGGUAAAAAUUUCAAACAACGCUUUUCUGUGUUCAAAUUAUCCCGCCAUU